AUGAAAGGGACAAAGCACAUAAUAGUGAAGUUACUCGAUUAACUCAACAAAUGCAAGUACUAACUACUGGUAAUCAUAGUAAUCAUAGCAAUAACAAUGCCCAUCUGACUUGUUACAAUUGUGAAGAAUCUGGACAUAUCUCAUGCAAUUUUCACAUAAAUCAUGCUGCAACACCAACCCAAAUUCUCUCCUGUUCAAGAAAUGCCAAUCACAUAAGUGUAGUUGACGAACCAGACAAAAACAUCAAUAAAAAUGAAGCCUUUACUGCAUCUGCCAUCUGUUAUCAAUAUUACAUUACUCAAAGACCUAGCUGCUAUAGAAAAAUAGUGCCUAUGCCAACUAAUAAAGGAUCUCAUCCUAACCAGGCCUCUGAAAUUGUGUCUGCCAUGGUCCUAUCAAGUAAAAACCUACCAGUAACAACUGUCUCAAUAAUGUCUGUCCUAGUAAUAUCUGCUUUAGUAAUGCCUACUCUAGUAAUGUCUGUUCUAGCAGUAUCCAUACUAGUAGAUACCCCACAAGAUUUGAUAAAUAUGAAAGCCAAUGUUUCAUUAGGUCAAAUAUUGCAAUAUUCUGAUCAAAAAUGGAACCUGUCAAAUGUAAUAAAAAGGCUCUUAGUACCUGUAACAAUCCAGGAUCCUGAACCAAUUGAUAUAGAAGUAAUGACUAUACAAGCCUUCACAAUUGCAAAAAUCACCACUGCCUGUUGCCACAUUAGAAUUAAAGAAAACCACAUAGUGGCUGUGCUCAAUUCAAGUGCUGCUAUUAGCAUAAUCUUGAAUAAAAUAGUAAAAAAACUGCAAUUAAAGAUUGAUGAACCUUCUACAACAAUAGUCAUCAUUGCAAAUAGAGCCAAAGUAAGAAGAAAUUCUACCAGCACCCCUAGCAAUAAAAGUCAGUCUGAGAAGUUGCAAAAGCCAGAUGAUGAAGACCCAUUUGAUGACUUUAAAUUCAAUGAUAAAAAUUUAGACAAACCAGACAGGUUUUUGACUAACCAAUGUAGCAAGUUGAAGUUGUAUAACAAUCCAUGGUUUUAUCAUAAAAGUCCCACUAUGUAUCUGUCUGAUAUUAAAAGUGUUCUUGAAGUAGACAUUUUUGCUGAAACUGUAGAUGAUCUUGAACAAACAUCAGUAUACAUUCACAAAAUAAAUACUGAAAGUGCCUUUCCAAUUAAGCAAGUUCUAUAA